ACUAUUAAAUUUCAGACAAGAAUGGCGGCUUUUCUCUCUGUGAUAGAAAGUAUAGGUAAAGACGCGAAUGAAUUGACCGAGAAUGAAGAUCACAGCGAGGACAAAAGCUUACAGAUUGACGAAAAAGAAUUAGAGGAGCAAGUUAAUGAUUUAGUGGAAAUACGGAAGAAAGAUGUUUUGAAAAAAAAUCUAAUGAACAUUGUUCGUGAAAAUUUAGAAUUAAAACAGAAAAUCAAAAUUUUGGAAUCCAAACUGGAAAAUCAAACCUCUAAUGAUGACAGUUAUAAUCUCUUAUUUAGAAUAGAUGUGGACGGAGACGAAGAAGUUCCGUCCCCACAAUCGACCAAUUUACAAACCGGUCUUAUUCUUACAGAUUCCCAGGAGGAAGUUGUUGACGAGGAACCUAAGAAGGGUGGAAACAAGUGCUUCAACUGUUUGGGUGAUCACAUGAUGUUCGACUGUCCGAACCCCAGGGACCAGAAGGAGAUCAACAAGAACAAGAAGGAGUUUGCGAUGAAAACCGCCAUGUUUAAUAAAAACAGAUAUCAUGUUGAUGAGCCACAGAAGUUUGGUCAUCUCCAACCUGGUCUUCCGUCCUCUAAACUCCGUGAAGCACUGCGCCUGCGCGAUGAUCAGGUUCCGGAGUAUAUUUAUAGAAUGCGUGCUCUGGGUUACCCUCCGGGCUGGUUGCUGCAUGCAGAGAUCAAUUCAUCAGGAAUACAGCUCUAUCAUGAAAGAGGACAGAAGGUUGAGGACCCUUGUAACGAGGACGGAGAGGUUGUGGAUGAGAAGGAUAAGGUUGAGUUUGAUAUUGAGAAGCUGAUUGACUGGCCGGGGUUCAACUCCGAACUACCGAGAGAGUACAGAGAUGAGUCCAGUAAAUAUCGCGCAGUUCCCUUUAAUAGAGUUCGCAAACUAAAGGAUAUGAUUGAUGAGUUAAAACCCAGGGAACAGAAAGCAUAUGUUCGAUCUAAAAUGCAGGAUACAAGUGUGAAUGACAAGGUUGAGACAAUAGAUCUUGACGGAACCAUUGUUCUUGAUUCAACAGUUGAAAGUGAUACAGAGAUGGAGGAAGUGACACAGGACAUUAACAAGGAGGUGAAGAAGGACGGGAAGGAUACGUCAGGGUUGAAUACUCCUUCUAUAUCAACUCCUACUCGUCAGCACAGUUCUUCUUCUACAGGGAUUAAUGUCGUCUCCAAAACUGAACCGGGUACACCUAUCUGUGAGAUCUUCUCUCCGUUCUCCCGUCUUCCGUCCCAGUCCGGGUUUGCCAAGGAUAUGUCGGAGCAUGUUGCUUUUGAAAACCUGCCAGAUUCUACUGGGAAAUGGGAUCAAAUGGUCGGACUCAUCAAACGGAUCAGAAAACGCCGUGUAGUUGAGGAUGAAGAUACUCCACCUGGCACCCAGAGCUAAGGAUUCAGUCCUGAACAUAUUUAAGGACUCAGUCCUUAACAUUUUCAAGAAUUCUGUUCACAACAUAUUCAAGGAUUCAGUUCUCAACAUAUUCAAGGAUUCAGUUCUCAACUUAUUCAAGGAUUCAGUUCUCAACUUAUUCAAGGAUUCAGUUCUCAACAUAUUCAAGGAUUCAGUCCUCAACAUUUAAAGGACUCAUUCCUCACAAUUUUCAAGUAUUCAGUCUUCAACAUUUUUAAAGAAUAUUCAAAACAUUUUUAAAGAAUAUUCAAAACUAUUAAAACAACUUUGCCUGAGAGGUUUGUGAUACUUCUUCUGAAAAGCCUUCACCUAUCGGGGAUUGUGAUGGCAUACCCCUUGUAGGUCAAGGAGCUGUUGGACGCAUCCCUAGCUGUAUGAUAUGAUAUGAAAGCUUACUAUUAAAGAUUAAACUGACUUGAAGAUUCUAAAUGAAAUCGUACCUGAUACAAUAUUUACUUUAUUUUAUGGAUGCAUUUUUUCUGGUCUUAAAUAACCCCAGUUUUCAAAUAUGGACUGUGAGCAAGCAUGGAUAUUGGAAUAUUUCAGGGGGGGGGGGUAGCCCCCGUUUUCCCCUAAUUUAUUCAUUUUACUAAAUCCUAGACUAUGUUUAUACAGUUUUCCUUGUUCCUUCUUCUGUGUUAUUCAGUUUGUUAUCUUGUUUGUAAUAAAAUAUUUGUUGUA